ACAACAUGUUUAUGUCUAUAUAUAAGGAGACUUGUUUUUUAACAACUAAAUCAUUUGAAAUGUUUUUGGUAGAUGUUGGUUUUGUUGCGAGGAAAAUGAACGUUCUGGUGAUCCUCGCGGCGCUGGCCUCGGGUGGCCUCUGCAACCUACCCCCCGGGCAGCAGCUGUCAUCCGCGCAACAGCUGCCCACCCAACAGACCGUCUACAUACAGGAGUCUACAGCGCCACCCAAGACUGUGAGCCAGUACACGUCGGUAUCGUCGCCCGCCGCGGCUGCCGGCCAUCUCGCGCACAGCGCCACCGCAGCCGGUGCCAGCCUCUCUAACUCCUACCCUACCGCGUUCGCGGGAUCCGCGAGGAACUUUGGCUCGGCAAAGUCUAUCGCCUCUUUUCCGUCGUACUCUCGCAGCUACCAGCGGCUGGCGGCGCAGCCUACGUUGUCGAAGACGUACACCUCGUACGUGACGACGCCCUCGUACUCUACCACAGUCUCACCUACAUACUCUACAGUUUACUCGACUCCAAGAUCGUCUUCAUUCAGUUCUGGCGCGGUUUCGACAGCAGCGACUCCGGUGACCAGCUACCCCGUCUCCUACUCCACGCCCACCGUUUCCACCUUCUCGUCGAGUUUCCCCACCUACGUUACGCCUACAGCUCCUUCCUCCUACCCCGCCUACACUACCUCUGUGUCGUCCACUUCCUCGCCCUUCUUCAAGGCGUAUUCAACGCCCGCUACUGUGACUACCACAUACCCCGCGGCGAACGGCUUCAAAAGUACGUUCUCGGAUUACAACGUUUACUCGAGCGCCUCGCCUCAGAUUUUUAGAGAUUCGUCCCGCCCGGUGGUGACACAAUUUUCAUCCCCCGGUCUAUGGACCUCGCAGGGAACAUCCCGCAGCUUCUCUUCCAAUGGACAUGCGCCCGUGACGAUUCAGAAGUCGACAACGUUCACCCCGGUCAAACCAACGCUGACCGCGUAUGUGGACAAGGUGACCCUGCAUCCCCUCUUCGGCCAAUACAACACGGCUCUCAAAAAUCUGGACUCCCAGUAUUCAACCCAACAGUUCUCCCAAUCCUCCCCCAUCACUAACGUCAUAGGCACGACGGUGUACACUAAGCCCGCUUACAAUUCGUACUCGUCCAUUUCCUCGGUGCCCAUCGCCUACUCGACGCCUGCGAGCUGGGCUGUGUACCCCACGGCGCAGUCUGUAAGCCUGCCCGCGGCGAAGUCCUACUCCUACUCCGUGCCCGCGGCGUCGCACGGCUCCCACUGGUCUGGCAACUCGAACCUUUCCUCCUCCUCGGCAUACAACGUGCAUCCUUCGGCCUACACCUACACCUUGCAUGGGGCUCCUCUCGCGCGAGAGUACCACACGCUGGAGUCACCGCACGCGCACACCUGGAACACCGCCAACACCUGGGGCUCGCUGCCUACCGCCAAACAACUCUACGUGUCAUAGAUAAAAUAAACAUCUGCUUCAUUGUAAGGUUUCAUUUUGUAACACUGUCAUAUUUUAAAUUGUUGAAUGCAUAUCGUGAUAUCGUAAUAAAUACGAUUAGACAACAACUUCUUAAAAAUUGUAUGAAGCUGUUCUAUCACCAUGUCCUGAUUUUGUUUAGUGAAAGUAAUUGAAACUGAUAUUUAUAAGCUCUAAAAAUAAAAUGUGUUAAAGUGUUAAUUA